AUGGCAACCGAACAGCUACCUGAACGUAAAGCCCGGAAAUCGGUCACAUUUACGGAUCAAGCGCUUGUGAUUGACGCAGACGGAACCGUCAGCAUGCCUCCGACGGAAGCGAUCAACGACGACAAGGACACGGCCGUGUCCCACAGCCCGCGGACACCGCCCCUGGCGGCAGCGGCUGGGGCCUUUGCAGAGGCGCGCCCGGACGAUGAGGCGGCAGCAGCAACGGCCGGCGAUGACGGCCUGGACCUGAACAAGGCGGGCGAGGACGAGUUUGCGGAGAAGCUCAAGGCGAUGGAGCUGCGGGACGAGGAGGUCGUCGAGGUGGACGAGGGCGACAUGGAGAAGGGCACAGGCAUCUGGGAGCACGACGCGUCGAACCCGCCGGUGCCGUUCUCGCUGCUGCUGCACCGGUUCUACCACGUGCUGGAGCUCAAGAACCCGGACCACGCGACGAGCGGCACGCGCAGCUACAAGAUCCCACCGCCGCAGUGCAUGCGCGAAGGCAACAAGAAGACCAUCUUUGCCAACAUUGCCGAGGUGGCCAAGCGGAUGAAGCGUACGGAGGAGCACAUUACGCUGUACCUGCUGGCCGAGCUGGGCACGACUGGUUCGGUCGACGGCAGCCGGCGGCUGGUCAUCCGUGGCCGCUUCCAGCAGAAGCAGAUCGAGAAUGUGCUGCGGAAAUACAUUAUCGAAUACGUCGUCUGCAAGACGUGCAAAUCGCCCGACACAGAGCUCAGCAAGGGCGAGAACCGGCUGUAUUUCAUCACGUGCAACUCGUGCGGUUCCAGACGGUCCGUCACGGCCAUCAAGACCGGUUUCUCGGCCCAGGUCGGAAAGAGAAAGAAGAUGCAGGGUUGA